CAUAAAUAUUUUUCGAACAAAUUUCAAUUAAAAUCAUAGUCAACACACAAGGAGUAAACUUUAUUAACAAUGAAAGAAUUAAUUCCACUAGUAAAUAAAUUACAAGAUUUGUCAACAAAAAUUGGAGAAUCUCUGGAGUUGGACUUGCCCCAAAUUGCUGUGGUUGGCGGACAAAGUGCUGGCAAAAGCUCCGUCCUCGAAAAUUUUGUUGGAUGGGAUUUUUUACCAAGAGGAACUGGAAUCGUAACUAGACGACCUCUUAUACUACAAUUGAUCCAUAAAAGAAGUGGUGAUACAAAUUAUGCUGAAUUUUCUCAUACUGGAAAUGAGAAAUUUGAAAUUGAUGAAAUACGCGAUGAAAUUGAAGAAGAAACAAGGAGAGAAACCCAAGGAGAAAAAGGAAUUUCGAGAAUUCCAAUAAGGUUGCGAAUAUAUUCACCAAAUGUACUGAAUUUGACUCUGGUUGAUUUACCUGGUUUGACUAAAGUACCAGUAUUUGAUCAACCAAAGGACAUUGAGUAUCAGAUAAGAGGGAUGAUACUCGAAUAUAUUAGAAAAAAAAAUUGUUUAAUAUUGGCAGUAACACCUGCCAACACAGACCUUGCAAAUAGCGAUGCACUCAAACUUGCAAAAGAAGUCGAUCCAGAAGGCAUCCGGACAAUUGGUGUUCUUACAAAACUGGAUCUUAUGGAUGAAGGAACUGAUGCAAGAUUUAUUUUGGAAAAUAAAUUAAUACCAUUGAAAAGAGGCUAUGUAGGUGUAGUAAAUAGAAGUCAAAAAAAUAUCGAUGGAGAAAUGAAUAUCAAAGAUUCAAUAAAAGCUGAAAAAGCUUAUUUUGAAAAUCAUGAUGUAUAUCAUGACAUGGCAAAUAAACUUGGUACUUCAUAUUUACAAUGUAUAUUGAAUCAACAACUUGAAAUACAUAUUCGUAACACCCUACCAGAUUUCCGUGAUAAAUUCUUAAUGCAUCAGCAAAAACUUCAUGAUGAUCUUAAAAAAUACAGAAAGUAUUUAAUGAUUGAUGAGUCAUCAAGUGAAACUGGAUUAUUAAUGCAAAUUUUGAAAGAACUACGUGUUGAAUUUGAUAAUGCCAUGGGAAAUUUUGAGUACUAUGAGUUAUCAAAAACACCAAACAUUGGAUGUAAAAUUUUUGAUAUAUUGCAUACAAAAUUUCCAUCGCAGUUCUCAAGGAUCACUUAUCAUAGUCCCUCAAGAGCUGAAAUCGACUUGGCUAUAAAAAACAUACGUGGAUACAAGGUUGGUAUUUGGACUCCAGAUAUCGUAUUAAAAGCACUUGUUAAAAAACAAUUCAAUGAAUUUAAACUACCUAGUUUUGUAUGUGUUGAUGAAAUUGUACAAGUGCUUUGUGAUGGUUUUCAUUUAUAUACUCGUAACUUAUCUCAUUUUCCAAAAUUACGUGAUGAAGUUUGUGGAAUAAUUACGUCUCAUAUUAAAAACCGUGAAAAAAUAUGCAAAGAAGUGCUUCAACAAUUUAUUGAUAUAGAAUCGGGUUAUAUAAAUACCAACAAUGAUGAUUACAAAAUAUUGCUUAAUAAAAAAAAACGAAACUCACAUGUGCAGGAUGAUCAUGACAAAGUAAAAAUCUAUGUUGAUACAUAUUUGGAACACGCAAAUAAAACUGUAAAAGACUUUGUACCAAAAGCAAUUGUAUGGAUAAUUAUUGAUGAUUGUAAAAAAUUUAUUGAUACAGAAUUACCGAAUUCUAUAUUACAAAAUAAAAAUUUUCUUUCAUUGAUGGAGUUUUCACAAGAUGAAAAAAAAGAAUAUGACGAAAUACGUAGUAUUUAUGAAGCUUGCACAGAAGCUUUGGAAAUAAUUGGUGAUAGACCACCUGUUGUGGAAUCAGACUUCAAACCUGCAACACAAAUUCAACAACCAAACAUUGCAACAACCUUGUGGAAAAGAAUCAUGAUAUUUUUUUCAAAAUGUUUUUUAAAUGAAACUAAUUAAGUUUUUUUAUCAGAACUUUAAAUUUAAAGUUUGGCAUACUCUUAAUCAAAAAUAAAAGAUCUAAUUAUCGGUUUUUUAAAUUUACUAUAUUAAACACAUUUGAAAGAAAGAUUUCUGUCAACAAUCAUAAAUGAUGAUUGUAUUUUAUUUAUAAACAAUAUAAAGUUUUCUACUUUAAUUAAAUAUUUAUCUUUUGAAUCCCCAGUAACAAUUGGAUCUAACCUGGACGAGAAUUCAUGUACGAACAAACUAUUUCCAAGUCAGGGUAAUAAUAAAU